ACCCCGCGUUCUCAUCCACACGGUGGUCUCCCGCCCUCUCCCUUCGGGAGGGUCGGAGCUCACUCCUUUGGAUCCUUCAAGCUCCCAAUCAUGGCUUCUUGCAAGGAAUUAGGGUACCGGAGCUCAGCUAUGCUUGGGCGGAGUGCUUUGAAGCUCUUCCCCUUCCCUUGCCUCCGUGGCUCCCUCGCCCUACGACGUCGCGCACCUGGAGGACUCUCUGUCACUUCGUCUCUUGGCCCCGUCAUCGGAUCCGCCGCCGCCGUUGUCUCCGGUGGGUCGCACGCCGCUGUGACAUCAACCCUGGCUCACGUUGCUGUCACGGCGGUUGCGAUCGCCUCCGGCGCGUGUCUUUCUACAAAAGUUGAUUUCCUCUGGCCUAGGGCGGAGCAGAUGCCUGAUUCUUUUGUACUUGAUGGAGUGGAUGUUACAGGGUACCCAAUAUUCAAAGAAGAAAAGGUGCAGAAGGCCAUUGCAUUUGCAAAUAAGGCUCAUCACGGCCAGUUUAGGAAGACAGGGGAUCCUUAUAUUACUCAUUGCAUCCAUACAGGAAAGAUUUUGGCAGCUCUGGUUCCAUCCACUGGUGAAAGAGCUGUAAACACAGUUGUAGCUGGCAUUCUUCAUGAUGUGGUUGAUGACACAAUAGAAAAUCUGAGCUGCAUAGAAGAACAUUUUGGAGAUGAUGUUGCUCAUCUAGUUGCUGGCGUGUCAAAAUUAAGCUAUGUAAAUCAGCUGCUACGGCGUCAUAGACGAAACAGUUUUAGUGAAAGUUCUUUGGAUCCUGAUGAGGCAAAUAAUCUGCGCGUUAUGCUCUUGGGCAUGGUUGAUGAUCCUCGUGUGGUUCUCAUUAAGCUUGCUGACCGGCUGCAUAACAUGAGGACAAUUUAUGCGUUGUCAUUGCCCAAAGCUCAUGCAGUUGCUCAGGAAACAUUGUCUAUAUGGUGUUCCCUUGCUUCUCGAUUGGGAGUUUGGGCUUUAAAAGCUGAAAUGGAAGAUUUGUGUUUUGCUGUACUUCAGCCUCACACAUUUCAGACAAUGCGGGCUGAGCUUUCGUCCAUGUGGCAGCCAAAUAACAAGACUAGAAAUCUGAGAAGGUUAUCUACUAAAGCUGGCUUUAUUGUACCAUUGCAAGAUACUAAUUCCAUUCCCAACCAUGAUUUGCCUGUUUCAACAAAUGAGGAGAGGGGAAAUAUGAGGGAUCUUUUGUAUUCUGUGUUGCCAUUUGACCUGUUGCUUGAUCGAAGAAAACGAACAAGUUUUCUUGAUAAUCUCAAGAGCCACUCGGAUGCUGCAGGAAUGAAGCCUGAGGUUGUGAAUGAUGUUGGUAUUGCCUUGGGAUCCCUUGUAGUUUGUGAAGAAGCCCUUGAACAGGAGUUGCUAAUAUCAAAUUCUUAUAUUCCAGGAAUGGAAAUAACUCUCUCUAGUAGACUGAAAAGCUUGUACAGUAUCUACUGCAAGAUGAAACGGAAAGACAUUAACAUCAGACAAGUUUAUGAUGCUCGUGCACUAAGAGUUGUUGUUGGUGACAAGAAUGGGAAAUUACAUGGACCCGCAGUCAAAAGCUGCUACAGUCUUCUUGAUAUUAUACACAGGUUGUGGACCCCGAUUGAUGGUGAGUUUGAUGAUUACAUUGUCAACCCUAAGCCAAGUGGUUACCAGUCACUGCAUACUGCAGUGCUAGGUCCUGAUAGCUCUCCUUUGGAAGUACAAAUAAGAACCCAGCGGAUGCAUGAGUAUGCCGAAUUUGGACUCGCUGCCCAUUGGUUAUACAAGGAGAGUAAGGAUGAGACUGCUGGUAGCAUGGAUGAUUCUAAGAUCAAACCAUCAACCUAUGAAAAUAAUUAUCUGGAGGAUGAAACUUAUGUUGAAGAUAGUGUAAAUAAUAAGUAUGCUUCCCUGAAAGUAGGGCAUCCUGUUCUCAGAGUUGAGGGUAGUCAAUUGCUUGCAGCUGUCAUUGUCAGGGUGGAUAAAGGUGGAAGAGAGCUUCUAGUUGCUGUGAGCUUUGAUCUCGAAGCUUCUGAAUCAGUUGCAGAAAGACGAUCUUCUAUCCAGAAAAAACAUUGGGAAGAUUUUGCUAGGCUGUAUAAAAAGGUUUCUGACCAGUGGUGGUUUGCGCCUGGGCAUGGUGAUUGGUGUACAUGUCUUGAGAAGUACACAUUAAGUCGAGAUGGAAUAUUUCAUAAGGAAGACCAAUUCCAGCGCUUGCUGCCAACCUUCAUCCAAGUACUAGAUCUAACAGAGAAGGAAGAGGCUGAAUAUUGGAUGGUUAUGUCUGCCGUUGUUGAAGGGAAACAGAUCCUUUCUGUUUCAUCAGAUUUAGCCAAUGCUGAGAGAUCCCGGUCUGAGUCUUUCAGUUAUACUUCAACGGAAGAUGGUAUUAAUAAUAAGGUGUAUCUUUUGAGGACAAUGCUUCAAUGGGAGGAGCAGGUGCGGCAUGGGGCAACCUUAGGACCAAGAAAAAAUGUGACAACUUCAUAUGGUGAACCAAAUUCUGUGCCUCUUGGUGAAGUAGUGAUCAUACGCUGGCCUCAUGGUGAGAUAGUGAGGAUGAGAUCUGGUAGUACUGCUGCCGAUGCUGCUCAUAGGAUUGGCUUUGAGGGAAAGCUAGUUUUAGUUAAUGGCCAGCUUGCUCUACCACAUACUGAACUGAAGGAUGGUGAUAUAGUGGAGAUAAGAUUAUGAUUACUCUCUUUAUUAACAAGUUUUCAUUGAUUAAAAUUGAAAGGCCCAUUUCUGUGAGACGGAAGAUGUCUCAUCAUUGAAGAUGCAGGGUACGUUGAAGUGUAAUUGGGCCCUAGCUCUUUGUACAGGUACUUCUCCAUUGCAUGAUAUUCCAUUUUUAUUUUCUGUACAUAUACAUUUUAAGUAAUAAUAAUAAAUCAUAUGCAAGCACA